GCCGCCGCUCGUUCCCGGCCGGGCCGGCCCCGGGCAUGGCUUCCCGGGAGCGGCUCUGCGAGCUCUGGAUGCUCUACUUCGCCAAGAAGGACCUGUCCUACCUGCAGCAGUGGCUGGAGGCCUUCGUCACCAGCUUCGAGAGGGUCAUCGCCCUGCCCUCGCUGGAGCCCCGCAGGCCGGAGGAUCCGGGCUCGGAGAUCCCGGCGCUGCCGCGGGAGGUGCUGCAGGUGCUGAGCCAGAGGCUGGGGCACAGCGUGGCCUUGGGGACGCGGGACGGGGACAGGGCCACCGGGCUGGGCCAGGCCCUGCUGCUGCUCAAGUUCUUCAUCAUCAUCUGCAGGAACCUGGAGAACAUCCAGCCCGACAGGAGCCCCGGCUGCCUCCCGCACGUGCUGCGGCUGCUGCGGCUCUGCGGGAACCAGCUGCGGAGCAUCCCGGGGGACGAGCAGAGCCGGGCACAGCUGGAGAAGGGGACACAGCUGGAGAAGGGGACACAGCGGGAAAAUGGAACACAGCUGGAGAAGGGGACACAGCUGGAGAAGGGGACACAGCGGGAAAAUGGAACACAGCUGGAGAAGGGGACACAGCUGGAGAGCCGGGAGAAUGGGGCACAGCUGGAAAAUGGGACACGGCCGGAGAAGGGGACACGGCCGGAGAGCCAGGCACAGCUGGAAAACCGGGCACAGCUGGAAAACGGGAUGCUCCACGCCCUGCACCUCUGCGAGUGCUUCCUCGACCCCUACCAGACCUGGCGUCGGCAGCUGAGCGGGGAAUCCGUCAGCGCCCAGGAGAAGAGCAAAUACAAGUUCGCCCCCGCCCCGCUGCCCCCUGAGUUCGGUGCCUUCUUCCAAGAGAGUUUCCAAGCUGGGAAGCAGCUCCCGGAAACGAUCCAGCUCCGGAUUAUCCAUCUUUUUGGAGCCAUCCUCUCCGGAUCCAAGCCCAACGCGCUCCAGGCCAUCACCCCGGCGGCGCUGGAGGCGCUCCUGGGGGUUCUCCAGCGGGGCGGCAGCGGCGCUCCCCCGUCCCCGGCGCUGCUGGAGGCCGCGCUGCGCUCCGUGGUGGCCGCCGUCCACGUCCUGCACGGCUCCAGCCCCGGCGCCGGCCCCGUGUCCCUGCGGAGCCUCCUGGACGGAUACUUCAGGGUGCUCAACUCCGACCUCCCCGCGGCGUCUCUGGCUCCCGAGGCGGCCGGCGGCCUCAUCGCCCUGCGGGUGCUCAUGUUGGACGCCAUCCCGGCCAUGCUGAACUGCCAGGACCGGCCGGUGCUCCAGGCCGUGUUCCUCAGCAACAACUGCUUCGAGCACAUCAUCCGCCUGCUCCAGAACAGCAAGGUGCGUGGCAGCACCUCCCUGUGCCCGGCCUCAUCCCCGUCCUCGUUCCCCGUCCUCCUCCCCGUGUCCCCGCAGGUCAGCGCCGGCGGCUCCGACGCCAUCGCCGUGCACGCCCUCGGGGUGCUCGCGGCCAUCAUGAGCAACUCGCCCUCGGCCAAGGAGGUGUUCAAGGAGCGCAUCGGCUACGCUCACCUCUACGAGGUGCUGAGGAGCCAGGGCCAGCCCACGCAGCGUCUGCUCCAGGAGCUCCUCAACAUGGCAGUGGAGGGUGACCACAGCUCCUUCCCGGUGCCCGCCAUCCGCAACGAGCAGCCCCUGCUGAUCCUGCUGGCCUGGCUGCCGGCGCUGGAAUGCCGGGAUCUCCAGGUGUUCCUGUCGGCCCGGCUGCGGCGGCUCUGCGACGCCUCCCUGCCCAGCCGCCUCACCUGCGUCGAGGCGGGCAUGGUGGGCUCGCUGCUGGGCGCCCUGGCCGCCGAGCCGGCUCUUCCCGGCGCCUGCUCCCAGAACCUGCUGGAGCUGCUGCGCUCCCUGGGCAGCCUGUCCAUCCGGCCCGGCGAGCUGCGGCAGCUCCUGCGGCUGCUGCGGCGGGAGCGGGGCCGGGGGCCGCACCCCUACGCGGCUCCGGUCAUCCGGGCGCUGUCGGGCAUGGCCAGGGGCGAGGGAUCCCCGCGGGCGCUGCAGAGCUUCGACCUGAGCCCCGGCAUGGCCGGAAUCAUGGUGCCCACCGUGCAGAAGUGGCCCGGCGGCGCCUUCGCCUUCCACGCCUGGCUGUGCCUGAGCCAGGAGGAGCCGGAGCCGCCGGCGAGGCCCAAGAGGAGGCAGCUCUACAGCUUCUUCACGGCGGGCGGGACGGGCUUCGAGGCGUUCUUCACCGCGGGCGGCGUGCUGGUGGUGGCCGUGUGCACCAAGAAGGACUACAUGACCGUGGCGCUGCCGGAGUUUGCCUUCAACGACUCGGCUUGGCACUGCGUCGACAUCGUCCACGUCGCCGGCCGCCGGCCCUUCGGCCAGAACGUCGUCAGCAUCUACGCCGACGGGCAGCUGCGGAAAACGGCGCAGCUCCGCUUCCCAUCCCUGCACGAGUCCUUCACCUCCUGCUGCAUCGGCUCCGCGGGUCACCGCACCACCACCACCGCCGCCACAGCCGCCGCCGGCCACCCGCCGGCGUCCCACGGGCCGGAGCUGCUCUUCCCGCAGCACCCGGUGCUGGCACGCUCCCAGUCCGUCCCCGCCACCCUCGGUCCCCACUCCUGGACCCCCGCGCAGCUGCCCACGGAGGGGGUGGUGGCCACCAUGGCGGCGGGAAGCCAGGACACGGAGUGGGGCAGCCCCACCUCGCUGGAGGGUCACCUGGGCUCCGUGGCCAUCUUCUGCGAGGCCCUGCAGCAGGCGCAGGUCAAGGCUCUCUUCUGUGCGGGCCCGAAUGUCACAUCCCCGUUCACGCUGGAGGGCGACCUGGUGGAGCUCGGCAGUAAGCUCCUGCUGUACUACACGCCCCAGGCCUGCAGGAACAACAUCUGCUUGGACCUCUCUCCCGGGCACGGCUUGGACGGCAGGCUGACGGGACACAAGGUGGUCAACUGGGACAUCAAGGACGUGGUGAACUGCGUGGGUGGGAUGGGAGUGCUCCUGCCCCUGCUCGAGCAAGUGGUGUCCAAGACGGAGGAGCCCGAGGACGAGCAGGAGGCCAACGACCUGGUGGGGCCGGAGCUGACGUCCUCCAGGAACGCCCAGGGCAUGCUCAUCCCGCUGGGAAAGUCCUCAGAGAGCCGGCUGGAGAGGAACAGCGUGGCCGCCUUCCUGCUGCUGCUGAAGAACUUCCUGCGGAACCACGCCGUGAACCAGGAGAGCCUGGUGCAGUGCCACGGGCCGGCCGUCAUCGGAGCGCUGCUGCACAAGGUCCCCGGCACGCUGCUGGACAUGAGCGUCCUGAUGGCCUCGCAGAUCCUCAUGGAGCAGGUGGCUUCCGAGGGCAGCGGGCUCCUGCUGCACCUCCUCUACCAGCACCUCCUCUUCGACUUCCGCAUCUGGAGCAACUGCGACUUCGCCGUGCGCUUAGGUCACAUCCAGUACCUGGCCAGCGUGGUCAAGGACCACAAGCAGCGCGUCCGCAGGAAGUACGGGGUGCAGUUCGUCCUGGACUCCAUCCGGACCUACUACGGCACCUCCAGGGAGAAGACGGCGGCCGCCGAGGACAUCAGGACGGUGCAGACGUCCCUCUUCGGCCUGGUGAAGGAUUUCUUCUGCAGGAGCUUCUCCGGCGAGGAGAUGCAGAGCUUGCUGAACUACCUGGCCGGGGCACAGGACGAGCAGCAGGUGUGCGGGGCGCUGGAGGUGAUCCACAGCCUGCUGAAGGGCUCGCCGGCCCAGGAGCAGCUCUUCGCCUUCCUCUUCGAGCCGGGCCACGUGGAGCUGCUCUUCUCCCUGCUGGUGCAGAGGAAGUUCUCGGAUGAAGUGAGGGAAAGGGUCUUCAAGGUCCUCUACAAGAUGCUCAAGUACGAGAAGGUCCCCGAGCGCAGCAAGAGCCGCCUGAAGCUGAAGGACGUCGGCUACCACGGGCUCAUCUCCUACCUGAGCGACGUUCCCGGCUCCGUGCUGCUCUUCCGCUGCCUGUCGGAGCAGGUCCUGGGGGCAGACCCUCCCAACUACAAGGACCUGGUGGCCGUGGUGUCCCUGUCCCACCGGGCUGAGCUGAGCAUCCGACUCGACAUCUGCCGCAAGCUCUUCCACCUGAUCUACGCGCAGCAGGACCUGGUGAAGCAGCUGGCCCGGUUGGCGGGCUGGCAGGACACGCUCACCAAGCUCUACGUGAAGGAAUCCCGCGAGUGCCGCCGGCGCAGCCCGGAGCCUCGGCGCCUCUCCGAGCCCUCGGGCAAGGACAGGCUGAGCCCUGCUCCCGCCGACCUGCCGGAGCUCGACGUCUUCCUCCCGCUGGGCUACGAGCCCUCGGACCAGGAGCUCUCCGAGGGCUUCUCCGACCACUCCGUCUCCCCGAGCGGCCGCGCCAAGUCCUUCCGCUGCUACAACUUCAAGUCCUUCGACUCCUCGGACCGCGCCAGCCGCUCGUCCUCCAACCCCGGCGACGGGGCCGCCUUCGACGGCGUCUACCACCCGCUGUCCCCCUUCUCCACCUCGCCCUUCGACCUGGGGCUGGACCUGGCCAGCACCAGCUCGGCGGCCACGGCCGAGAGCGGCGCCCAGACCCCGGCCAGCGUCCCCGGCACGCCCUCGCCCCUGGAGAGCUUCAAGCCCUUCCCGGGAAUGCGAGCGCGCAAGAGCUCCAGCCUGUCCAACGUCCUGGACGAGAGCAGCUGCCAGGACGCGCUGCCCAGCGACGACGUCUCCAACACCAGCAACCCCCAGCAAACCCCCGAGGAGGAGCUGUGCAACCUCCUGACCAACAUCAUCUUCUCGGUGACGUGGCGCGGCGUCGAGGGCUGGGACGAGGCGGCCUGGAGGGAGCGCGGCCAGGUCUUCUCGGUGCUCACCAAGCUGGGCGCCGCCUGCGAGCUGGUGCGGCCCCCGGACGAGAUCAAGCGCAGCCUGCUGGAGAUGAUGCUGGAGUCGGCGCUGACGGAUCUGCGGGAGGCGGGCGCGGCGGCGCUGCCGGGGCUCACCCACAACGCGCUCAGGCUGCUGCGGCUGCUCCAGGAUUUCCUCUUCUCCGAGGGGCACGGCAACCAGGCGCUGUGGAGCGAGAAGAUCUACGAGGGGGUCAGCGGCCUGCUGGACAAGCUGGGCGCGUGGCACCGCCCGGCCGACGGCGCCCCGGAGCUGAAGGAGAUGGCGCAGACGGGGCUGCGGGUGCUCCUGGGCUACAUCCUGCUGCAGGACCCCCAGCUGCACUCUCCCGCCUACGUGAAGCUGCACAGCCUCCUGCAGACGGCUCCGGCGCCGCGGAGGGAUGAAGCCUUCUACCUUCUGGGGAAGCUGGAGACGCCGCUGCGGCGCUCCCUGCGCUCCGGCCCGGACGCCUUCUCCCGGCUGCUUCCCGUCGUCCGCACGCUCCUGGACCGCUGCUACGAGGUGCUGCAGCUGCAGCGCUUCCUGCCCUCGCUGCCGCCCACCAACGGCAGCCCCAGCUUCUACGAGGAUUUCCAGCUCUUCUGCGCCACGCCCGAGUGGAGGGCGUUCAUCGAGAAGCACGUGCAGCCCGGCAUGGCGCAGUUCGAGGUGGACACGUUCGCCAGGGGCCACGACCUGAUGUCCAGUUUCUGGAACGCCUGCUACGACGCCAUGAUGAGCAGCUCGCAGCGCCGGGAGCAGGAGAAGGCGGCCAGCCGCAAGCUGUUCCAGGAGCUGGUGCUGGAGCCGGCGGCCAAGCGCGGCAAGGCGGAGAACGCCCGGCAUGCCAACGUCCUCAAGCAGGCCAACAACCAGCACGGCACCGUGCUCAAGCAGUGGCGCUCCCUGUGCCGCCUGCUCACCUCGCCCCGCUCCGCCUGGGCCGACCGGAACCCGCCGGAGGUUCGCUGGAAGCUCUCCAGCGCCGAGACCUACUCCCGCAUGAGGCUGAAGCUGGUGCCCAACCUCAAUUUCGACCAGCACUUGGAGGCCAGCGCCCUGCGGGACAACCUGGGAGCCGACCACCUGCAGAACCCCGCCGAGUCCCUGCCGCUCGCCAUGGCCAAGGAGGCCAAGGUGAGCGAGCUGGAGGACGACCAGCUGGCCGAGGAGGACCUCCCUGUCCCGGACAGCCAGGCCGAGCCCAAGGAGCAGAGCCAGCGGGAGAAGCUGGUGGUGUCGGAGGACUGCGAGCUCAUCACCACGGUGGCCGUGGUCCCCGGGCGCCUGGAGGUGACGACGCAGCACGUCUAUUUCUACGACGGCAGCAGUGAGAAGGAGGAGACGGAGGGAGGGAUCGGCUACGACUUCAAGCGCCCCUUGUCGCACCUGCGCGAGGUGCACCUGCGCCGCUACAACCUGCGCCGCUCCGCCCUCGAGCUCUUCUUCAUCGACCAGGCCAACUACUUCCUCAACUUCAGAAAGAAGGUGAGGAACAAGGUGUAUUCCUGCAUCCUCGGCCUGCGGCCGCCCAACCAGACCUAUCUCGGCAGCCGGUCCCCCCAGGAGCUGCUCAAAGCCUCGGGGCUCACGCAGAAAUGGGUCCUGCGGGAGAUCUCCAACUUCGAGUACCUCAUGCAGCUCAACACCAUCGCGGGCCGCACCUACAACGACCUGUCCCAGUACCCCGUGUUCCCCUGGAUCCUGCGGGAUUACGUCUCAGAGAGCCUGGACCUCACCAACCCGGCCGUGUUCCGGGACCUGUCCAAGCCCAUCGGGGUGGCCAACGAGCGGCACGCCCGCGACGUCAAGGAGAAGUACGAGAGCUUCGAGGACCCCACGGGCACGGUGGACAAGUUCCACUACGGCACUCACUACUCCAACGCCGCCGGGGUCAUGCACUACCUGAUCCGCACCGAGCCCUUCACCACGCUGCACAUCCAGCUGCAGAGCGGCAGGUUCGACUGCUCGGACCGGCAGUUCCACUCGGUGCCGGCGGCGUGGCAAGCCCGCAUGGAGAACCCGGUGGACGUCAAGGAGCUCAUCCCCGAGUUCUUCUACUUCCCGGAGUUCCUGGAGAACCAGAACGGCUUCGACCUGGGCUGCCUGCAGCUCUCCAAUGAGAAGGUCGGGGACGUGGUGCUGCCGCGGUGGGCGCGGUCCCGCGAGGACUUCAUCCGGCAGCACCGCAAAGCCCUGGAGUCGGAAUACGUCUCCGCGCACCUCCACGAGUGGAUCGACCUGAUUUUCGGGUACAAGCAGCGCGGCCCGGCCGCCGUGGAGGCCCUCAACGUCUUCUACUACUGCACCUACGAGGGGGCCGUGGACCUGGACGCCAUCACCGACGAGACGCAGCGCAAGGCUCUGGAGGGCAUCAUCAGCAACUUCGGGCAGACGCCCUGCCAGCUGCUCAAGGAGCCCCACCCCGCCCGGCUGUCGGCGGAGAGCGCUGCCCGCAGGCUGGCCCAGCUCGACACCCGCUCCCCAAACGUCUUCGAGAACCUGGGGCAGCUCAAGUCCUUCUUCGUGGAGGGCAUCAGCGACGGGGUGGCCCUGGUGCAGGCCGUGGUCCCCAAGAACCAGGCUCAUUCCUUCAUCACUCAGGGAUCCCCCGACAUCCUGGUCACCGUGAGCGCCAACGGCUUGCUGGGGACCCACAGCUGGCUGCCCUACGACAAGAACAUCUCCAACUACUUCAGCUUCACCAAAGACCCCACCGUCACCAGCGCCAAGACCCAGCGCUUCCUGCAGGGCCCCUUCGCCCCCGGGGCCGACCUGAGCUCGCGCACGCUGGCCGUGUCCCCCGACGGGAAGCUGCUCUUCAGCGGGGGACACUGGGACAACAGCCUCCGUGUCACCUCGCUGGCCAAAGGCAAGGUCGUGGGGCACAUCAGCCGGCACAUAGAUGUUGUCACCUGCCUGUCACUCGACCUCUGCGGCAUCUACCUCAUUUCCGGCUCGCGGGACACCACCUGCAUGGUGUGGCAGGUCCUGCAGCAGGGUGGCUUUUCCAGCGGCUUGGCUCCCAAACCCGUGCAGGUGCUGUACGGCCACGACGCCGAGGUGACGUGCGUGGCCAUCAGCACCGAGCUGGACAUGGCCGUGUCCGGCUCCAAGGACGGCACCAUCAUCACCCACACCGUGCGCCGGGGUCUCUUCAUCCGCUCCCUGCGGCCGCCCGGAGAGAGCUGUCCCCCGGCCGUCCUGUCCCACCUGGCCGUGGGGCACGAGGGGCAGGUGGUGGCCCAAACCGCCGUGGGGCAGCCCUCCUGCUCCAAGGAGAGGUUCGCGCUGCACCUGUACUCGGUGAAUGGGAAGCUCCUGUCCUCCGUCCCGCUGGACCGGGAGGUGACAGCCAUGUGCCUGACCGAGGACUUCGUGGUGCUGGGGACCUCGGAGUGCGGGCUGGAGAUCCGCGAGCUCCAGAGCCUCAGGGCGGCCGUGCCCCCCGUGCCCAUGCGGGUGGCCGUGCGCAGCGUGUCCGUCACCAAGGAGAAGAGCCACAUCCUGGUGGGGCUGGAGGACGGGAAGCUCAUCGUGGUGGGCGCCGGGCAGCCCGCCGAGGUGAGCGGGACCCCCGGGCUGGCCGGCGUGCCCUGGGGCUCCCCGGGGUGGGGACAUCGGGGUGGCCUCUCCAGAGCUGAGGGGUGGGGAAGGGGAUGA